AUGGAUAUCAGUGAGCUUGCCUAUGCGUUCCUCUUUCUGUUCCAGAUUGUCUUUGGGGUCUCAGGAAAUGUAUUUCUCCUCCUGGCUUAUAGGCAUGUGGUCUCCAUCACCCACCAGCUGAAUCCUCCAGUCCUGAUCGUUGCCCAUCUGGCCCUGGCCAACACUAUGGACCUUCUCAGCCGGGGGAUCCCCGAAUUCCUGUCAGCUUGGGGGUGGAAUAAUUUCCUGGAUGACGUUGCUUGUAAAAUCCUCUUAUAUAUUUAUCGGGUGGCACGGGGUAUUGACAUCUGCACCACCUGCCUCCUGAGCAUCUUUCAGGCCAUCACCAUCAGCUCUGGCACCUCUCAGUGGGCGGGAGUCAAAACCCAAUUCCCCAGGUGUAUCCUCCCUUCCUGUCUCCUUUCCUGGGUCCUCAAUCUGCUGUUUGACAUGACUACACCCAUGUUCAUCAUGGGCCUUGGGAACAGCACCAACAUGAACUCUGUCAUCCUGAAAUACUGCUCCUCCAUCAGUAUCAGCGCAGUCACAUCGCUGAUCAUUGCAGUGGGGCUCUUCCUCCGUGAUAUGUUGUUCGUGGGACUCAUGAGCGUGGCCAGUGGCUACAUGGUGUUUGUCCUGCACAGACACCACUGGCAGGUCCGACACCUCUACAGGGCCGGAUGCUCCCCCAAGACAAUGCCCGAGGUCAGAGCAGCAAAGAGAAUCAUUGCCCUGGUCACCCUCUACGUCUUCCUCCCUGGACGGAACACAAUAACCCUGAGUUUUUUAUUGAAUAUGAAGAUACAUCCCCCUCUCAUCCUUCGUAGCAACAUUAUGUCUUUAACUUUUUCAGCUGUCAGUCCAUUUCUGAUGAUUCUCAGCGACAGGAGGAUAAGAAAGUUCUGGAAAAGGGAUUCUCAUAUUCCCAAGUUGGAUCCAUCAUAG